AUCACAACCACCAAAACAUACAGUCACAAUGUGCGGAACAGACGCCCCAGUAAACGGCACAAACGGCGAGUCGGCCCCAGUGGCCCAGAAUGGAGGACACUCGCGGUCCAACCCCUACCAGACCGUCCAGGACUACCUUUCAAACGUCGGCAAAUUCAAGAUCAUUGAGUCGACAUUAAGAGAGGGCGAGCAGUUUGCCAAUGCCUACUUCACUACCGAGAAGAAGAUCGAAAUUGCUCUGGCUCUCGACAAAUUUGGCGUCGACUACAUCGAGUUGACCUCUCCCGCCGCCUCCCAACAAUCCUACGAUGACUGCAAGAAGAUCUGCAACCUCGGCCUCAAGGCCAAGAUCCUGACCCACGUCCGCUGCGACAUGCGUGAUGCCAAGCUGGCCGUCGAGACUGGCGUCGAUGGUCUCGAUAUCGUCAUUGGCACCUCCAAGUACCUGCGUGAGCACAGCCACGGCAAGGACAUGGAGUAUAUCGUCAAGACCGCCGUUGAGGUCAUCGAGUUCGUCAAGUCCAAGGGUCUCGAGGUCCGCUUCUCCAGCGAGGACUCCUUCCGGUCCGACCUGGUCGACCUCUUGACCUUGUACAGCGCGGUGGACAAGGUUGGUGUCAACCGCGUCGGUAUUGCGGACACCGUCGGCUGUGCCUCCCCAAGACAGGUCUACGACCUGAUCAGGACGCUGAGGGGGGUUGUCUCCUGUGAUAUCGAGACGCACUUCCACAACGACACCGGCUGCGCCAUCGCCAAUGCCUUCUGUGCUCUUGAGGCUGGUGCCACCCAUGUGGACACCAGUGUGCUCGGAAUCGGCGAGCGUAACGGCAUCACCCCUCUCGGUGGCUUCCUGGCUCGCAUGCUGGUCACGAGCCCCGACUACGUCAAGAGCAAGUACAAGCUGCACCAGAUCAAGGAGAUUGAGGAUCUGGUCGCCGAGGCCGUUGAGGUCAACACGCCCUUCAACAACCCCGUGACAGGCUUCUGUGCCUUCACCCACAAGGCCGGCAUCCACGCCAAGGCUAUUCUCAACAACCCCUCGACCUACGAGAUCCUCAACCCGGCCGACUUUGGCCUGACCCGAUACGUGCACUUCGCGUCGAGGCUGACGGGCUGGAACGCUGUCAAGACCCGUGUGCAGCAGCUCGGACUGACCAUGACCGACGAGCAGUGCAAGGAGGUGACUGCCAAGAUCAAGGCUAUGGCGGAUAUCAGGCAGAUCGCCAUUGACGAUGCUGACUCCAUCAUCAGGUCAUACCACCUGACUCUGCAAAAUCCCGACUCUGUUGCUAGCGGGCUCCUCGCCAACGGCAAUGGUGAGAAGAUUGCGACAUAGAUCUUUCCAAGUGAGGUCGUCGCAGAGCAGGGCGUUAUGGCUCAGGCCCCCCCAACAAUUCUGGGCGUAUGCGGCUUGUAGAUGAAAAGUGAUUUUAUAUCGGCGCAAUAGGUGUAUCAUGGAUUAAUCAAAAUCAAUUUUCUCCAG